GAGAGAAAUAUACGCCAAAUACAGCCAAUCUUACCUCGAUAGGAUCACAAAGGACGACUAUGUAAUAAAAACACAGGGUGCCACUAUACUGCCAAGUGUUUGGGCUGCUAUUAUGAGGCCUCGCAUGAACCUCCAGAUCGAAUUUCCGCAGGAAGAAUUUUACUCUGAGGUUGAUUAUCGUCAACGUCCAUCGUCUCGUUCUCGCACAUGGUCACCUGCAAGGUUCCAGCGCGACGUUGAGCAAGACGAUGAGCGAGACGAUGAGCGAGACGAUGUACAUGACAUUAAUGAUAACAUUCGCACCGUAACAUUCGAGGACGGCUCACGAUGGGUGCCACCGCUACCUCGUCGGGAAACCGACCUUGACUCCAACACGGAUUCUUCUGAAAGCGUCACGUCAACGAGCGACCAAGAGUCGCUUACAGAACAGGCAGAACUACCAGAGCCUCCUCGUGAGGUGGUCGCUCCCAUGGAUCUCGAUGGCAACCAGCUAUCCUUUCAAGUCGACACAAGGCGUGUACAGAACCUAAUUGGAUUCAGCCAGGACCUCCAGGAUCAGAAAGACGACACGCAGACUCAAGGACAUAACCAGCUUCAGGUCCACGUUCUACCCGGGCCGGAAAACCCUCACUUGCAAGAUGCAGUAUCACUUACGUGGUGUCAUAUUUCGGCCACUCAGCUUGAUUUUUCUCGUUUCAAGGAUGUCUGCCUGACCAUGCCACAUGCCAGUGACCGGCUACGCAAACUCACUUCGGAGAUGCUUACUAAGGUGGAUACGGAAAAAGUCAAGCCUUUCGAUGGUGGCAUGUUCAUCGAACCCGGGACGGUUUUGCGAGCUGAUGAAUCAAACCAGUCAGAUCCACAGUCUGUCAUUUUCGCCUGCGUCCCAUACUUUGCCCUGGACACCCAAGCCAAGAAGCCUCUCCGUGCCGAAAAUGACCUAUUUCCACAACGAACCCUGAUGCAGACAUUCUACCCCUACGAGCCAGUACGCGAUCGAGAUGAGGAACAGUCUUAUCGAAGAUUUGACGAUGCGCGCUCCGAGAACAUCAUCCAUGUACCGAAUAUCUGGUUUAUGAUCAUAGGGUCCAAUCAUGUCGUAUCGUGUGGCCAUGUGCCACUCUCCAAGGAGAUGACAAACUCAAUGGCUAUCAUCCAAGAGAAUGUCAAAAAGCUCGGCGUUCAGCCUGUUGCAGACAACGAUCUGACAAUGAUCAAAUUUUCGGACUGGGGAGAACGUGAUUUUGUGUUCCCUCUUAGCACUUGCAGAUCUUACUUUCAAAUGGAGGCAAAGGUUCGCAUGAUAGGAUACAUGUUUAACAAUAAGAGUUUGGAUGCGGAGAUCCAUUUGCUUCAAAAAUUCCGAGAUAGCAGCUGCAGUCUCACGCCGAAUAUGUGGAGGGAUAUCACGGCGCGGAACGAUCUCCUUUCAAUCAGUUUGGCAGUAGCAGGCGACAAAGAGACAGGUCAAACUGGCAAGCAUACUACCGCAGCAUACUGCGCCGGCGAGAAUAACAAAAGCAGACCCGUGUCGGUACCCCCCUUUUUUCAUUGGCCACAACAUGGUGCUGGUAAAGCAAUCAAGGACGACAAAGACGCAACAUCAGUGGAUGAUCCUAGUGCACAGCAACCUUCUCGUUGCCUGGAGCAGGUUGGGAAAGCUCUAAUGAGUACGAUCUUGGAAGGAACCACUACGAACGCUGUCGACGAGACAUUUACCUCGACCAAUUACUACGAAUCACUGCCCAAGGCAACCUACGCAGAUGCUUGUGCUGACUUUGCCAAUCUCAAACGUCGAUGCGAAGCAAUUGACAAAGGCACGUCUGAUUCUACCUUCCAUCAGGACACGAUCAAUGGGCAGCGCACUAGCAUUGUUGAAAGAGCGACGGAAUUUUUUAAUCUCUCUUGCAUAAUUACCAAGCUUUUUCUCCGUGACACAGAUGAUAGCAGCAUAAUGAGUAAGUUGUGGGGUGUUAUGGUCAAAAUCCAGCAGCACGUCGCCAAACUCGAAAAGUACACACCUAGGGAUGGAGAAAGUGGCAAAGGUGCAGUUCCUCCAGAGGAAGACGUUAACACGACUGGCAAAUUUUGGCUGGUCCGCCCCAUGGCUAAACCUAGCCUGGUGUCUUUUCCAGAAAGCCGUCCAGAAUUGGCCAAGUCAAUCGCAGCGUGUAAGACAUGUAAAAGGUUACACUCGUUUCGCAGCCAAGAAGAUGCGUUCAGACAUCUGCAGCGCCACAUAAACCGUGAAAGUGAGCCUGGGAAGCGGCAUAAGGGUGGUGAACCAACUACAUCCGAGGAUAUCGCUAUGGAUCCGCAAGCCAAAGACUGGAUCAUGGCGUCGGCGGAAUUUUGGCAUGAGCAGACAAAUGCUGGAACUCUGGCAAUACUCACAAAGGCAUGCACUCUGGCAAAGAACAUAAUGGAGCAAGCUCAACAACUCAUGGACGGAGUUCAAAACGAAGAUGGGCAGAUGUCUGAGUUGUACACUCUGCCCAAGGAGCUCUCUGAAGCAUUCCGCCGCAUCAUUGUCCUCUUCAUGGCAACUGAGCGAGCUUUAGACGAUGCUGACAAGGCUCAUGGACAUGAAUUUCGAUUCAAAGAUCCGUAUGAGCGUAGCAUCCUCCCAUAUUCGGACAGAGGCCUUGAUGUCUUGGAAAGAUUUGAGGCAGGCGCAAUGCAGUCGCUGAGAGCUGCACGUGCACAUUUGUGCGAAAUGGCUUCUUCUCCCCAACCGCGGCGUGUGAUGGAGCACCUUUCUCGGGGACCUCAGUAUAUCUGUGGCGAGCUAACGAGGAGAUUGUUACUGAAGCCGCUUGAAAAGCAUGAAACUGUGGGCGAUUUGUAUCGGGAGUACAUAUCGAGGCUCCAAUUCCAAGUCAACCAUCACCCGAGUAAACGACUCCUUCGAGACCUCAAUCUUCUGCAAGAAGAACUCCAAAUCCUUACGUCGAUAACCAUGCAGCAGUUAAAUCUUAUCAAGAACUACAUCCGUGUCCUCAACGACGCGUCGUAUGAGAAGCCAACACCAUCCCGACAAAGCAUGUUUGUGGACGAGCGGAGUCUGUUGCAAAGUUGCCUCGACAGUCUCAGUCUUGUCGUGGAAGAUUAUGAGGACCUGAUUCGACGCUGCAGCCCCCUGGCCAAUCGUACAAAGCAAAGUCUCGAGAUCAAUGAUGAAGACCAUGGCAAGGCCAUCAUGGCUUUCACGGUGGUGACUGUCAUUUUUCUGCCGCUGUCGUUUGCGACGAGCUAUUUUGGGAUGAACACUGCGGAUAUCCGUGACAUGAACCAGAAGCAAGGGCUUUUCUGGAUUGUGGCCAUACCGCUGACUAUUGUGACGGUGGGGGCUUGUCUGUUCAUUGGAUACAACGGCGAUCAGCUUCGUGACAUGAUUUCAUGGCUAUAUCGCAGGGCAAUGGGUAAGGAAGAAACUGGUACUGGAGGCGGAGGCAUAAGCGUUCCACGACGGAAACGUCCACCCCGUCCACUUGGAGAUUCAAGCAGUACACUUCAGUACUCAAACGUCAUCGACGAGGCCCCAUUUGCUAUUCCCCGGCCAGCUCUGCAGUGGGGCGGUGUGGCACACUCGGAUCAGAUUUGGGUAGAUGCAGACGAAGCCUGGUACACCGAACGGUAUGAUCCACCGGUGACCAAAUCAAGAUUCGACUCUCGCUCGGGAGCUCGAAUGGAAUCUUAUGCCGAACCGAUCUCUAUGGCCCCAGAGGCUUCGUAUAGAAUACACCGUCACCACGAGUAUAUCAAAACACCCCGGGGCAGGACUUAUGAUCCCUAUACCGAAGCAAUGGGGCGUGUUCGCUACGAUUACAAUGAAGAGGAUACCUACCUGCCAGGUGCACGACAUGCCUUACCGGGGCGCCAAACAUAUGUGUCGCCUGGGUCAUUCCGAGCUGAAAUGCCGAUUCGCAAGCCGUCAGGCAGGAGAUAUAACAUUGACGAGUUGAAAGAUGACAAAGCAGGUGGAUACACGUGGGAGAAGAAGAGGCCGCAUAGAAGUCAUGGUGACCACAGGCGCACACGUAGCGAAAGACUUGCUGAGAGAAGCUGGUACCGGUAG